ACUUUGGCAACCCUGGAGAUGAUUUAAAUGUAUAACCUAACUUUAUUGUUUUGAGAAUGGAAGAGUUGUAUCAGUUGUAGUUGUAUUAGUUUUAUAUAAUAUAUUUUACCAAGAUGCUUAUACCACGCUUCGCUUUGUCUCAAGAUUCAAAAACUCUGACCAUUACACUAUUAGCUCAUCACUGUAAACUGGGAGAAUUAGAUGUUGAAGUAAACGAGAACUGCUUUUUGUUUUCCUGUUGGCCGUAUUACUUACGGUUAACAUUACCAGGAAAUAUAAUAGACGAUGAGAAAACAAAGGCUGCUUACGACACAGAUACAGGAGAGUUUACUUUCUGUUACACCAAAGCAAUCGAGGGAGAAAUUUUUGAGGACUUAGAUUUUAUAACAAAGUUCUUAGUAAAAAAAGUAGAUGUGUCUUAUGGAUUUGAAGCUGAUGAUAAAAAAAUAACGAUGUUAUCUGGUGAUGGUGUUGAAGAAGAAGGAGUAGCUUGUACUGAUUUAUCGCACAUCUUAAAUUCUGGUUUUGGCUUUGCUUUAUUAGGAGGUACUCAUUUCAAAAGUUUACAUACUGAAUAUUUUGACGUAUUUGAGGUAGAUCCAUUUAAAGUUAAUUUACAAGAUAGGCAUAUACUUAGAAUGAAAAACGAAGGUUUAAAAUUCAACGUGGAUCAUUAUCUCUGUGAUUUACUUGAACCUGAUGAAAUUGAGGAAAUAAUAAAACAGGUAGCACCAUGGGAAAAUUUGGAGACAUCCACUUUGAUUUUUACCAAUAAAGAAUUAGAUUUCCUAAAAGAUUUGCCGAACAAAGUGUACAACCUGAGCAGUAUCCAAAUAAAUUUUUUGCAUAACACCUUGAUUGAUAUUCUUUAUGCCUACUGCUAUAAUCAACGUACAACAUACUACGAAGAAAAUUCUGAAGCAGGCUGGAAUGUAGUUAAAUUGAGUGCUUCCCUCUCUUGGCUUGACGUGUUUGAAACUCCUAGAGAAACGCUCGUCUCUUCAUUCCGUAGAAGUUUGAUAUAUCCUUUGUAUCGAAAUUUCAAUUUAAGUGAAAAAAUACUUGUCGAUAUGAAAAAAUUGUUAAGCUUAGGUGAAAAAUUUAUUAUCAAAUGCCUUAUUGAGAUAUACUACAUAUUUUUAAAUGGUGACUGCUGUAGAUAUAUUUUGAAUAAGCUCUUUAUAAAAGAUUAUAUCAACUACGUUAUGAAAUGGGAUAAAAAUAAGUGGCAAGAAUACCUUCAAGAUGUUUUCAGUAUAGAUAUUAAAAAGGCUGAUUUAGGCUUGAAUUUACUCGAUUUAGAACAACAUAUGCUAUUAGAGCAACCAAUGGCGAAAUUAGAAAUUAGAGACGAUGAUAGCGACGAUUCAUCGGAGACAGAUGAGACAUCUGAAACAGAUACAUCUGACACAGACGAUAUAUCUGAUGAUGAAGGUUUAGAUGAUUCAUCUCGUAAGGCCAAUGAAUUAAAUGUAGGAAACAAACUUCAUGCAGAUGUUUAACUUAAAGAACAAUUUUUAGUUAUUUUUUUUUUUUAAAUGGA